AAGGGUCCCAAACAAAACCAGGGGGAGGAGAGUCAGAAGAAGCCAAAAUUCAAAUUCCACUGUAGAAACUGAGCUUAUUGUCAGAGCAGGAGGAUUUACUUUCUCAGUUGAAACGUGGAGAAGCAGUGAGAAGGAGCGCAAAUAAGUGGAUACUUGAAAUGGCCGCGGUUACGCGCACACGGGUUUUACUGCUGGUUUUUGCAUUCAUGGUGACUAUUAUGGGAGUACAGUGUCGGUCGCUUCGUACGCAGCUCCGCAAGGUGACAUCUUUCCAAGGAGAGCGUAAAAUACGUAUCGGGCACGUCCCGAGACGGAGCCGCCGCGCAACGGGCACCGAGCCGGACCAAUGCGGCCUCCUGAGCGCACCGUGGAAGGAGAGCAGUGGUCAACUGGAGGACUGGAGCCAGAUGUAUCAUCUGAAGAUACUGUCGACGAUCAAUGACGGUCCGCGUCGAGCCGUUUUCCCAGAACAGCCUCUCUUCAAAUUUGUAAGACGCGUUUAUCGCUGUUGUCAAGCUGGGUACCACUGUGGAAGUGUUAAAGGAAUACAGGGAGGAAAAGUUGGCAACAGCAUCGAGUUUCUCUUGGGCAAGGACGUCCUGGCAGCGGCACUUGAGAAAGCAGAAGUUCAUUUCCAUUUUUCAAACCCCCAACACUUGAACAUCCAACCCGUCCUGCCAUCCCUGGAGAAACGUGGGUUCCCUACUAGGUACAGUGUCUGGUUGAAAGACGGUGUCAUGGAGCUGCGAGUGGAUCUUUUCACCCUCUUCCAGGCCCUUCAGCUGCUCCUCGGAGGAGCCGGACGAGGGCCAAGCAUCAUGGAAAUGCAUCGGGUGAGGGGCCUGACCAGACCAGGGGUCGUUGUCCAAAAGCAAAGCCCUCCGUCUCUUCAUGACACAUUGUGGGGGGAGGUGAACGAAGCCCCCCUGCAGCCCACUUUACAGCUAGGACUGGCAUUACACUGCAGUCUAGCGGACAAAAUCAAUAUCGCCUGUGAAAAUCAUGGUGUACAUUUAAAACACACACCCUUUAUAGCUCUGACCUACAGAUAGCAAGUCUUUUUAGCUUUUUGGAAAUAGCUUUUUUGUCCAGCUUAAUGCGCUCCCCCUUCAUGAGUUCUUUGUGGCCAUAAAAUCACAGUCCAUUCAGUCCACUAACACCUGGUGUGUUUUUUUUUUUUUUUAAGAAUUGCUAAUGAUCGCCAUUGUUUUCAGACAAUGGCGCCUCAGUUCUAGAAGCUUACUGUGAUUCAGAGAGGCCUACGUUAUAUUGGAACACUAUGCACUUCGCCAUGUAAAUUGAAUCUAUUUAUGGCUGUUAUUUGUGAGAUAAAUGUAAAUAGUGUAUUAUUACAGUUUUAUAUAUUAAAACCUUUCUUUGUCAUUGAA